UUUCAGGUGCGAAAAGCUAUAUAAGUAAAACACUUUAGCAGGAUAAGGGGUUACUCAUUAAUUACAUCUUUUUGAAUUAAUGGUGAAAUUCGCUUUUAGCGUCAAAGUUACGUCCACUAUGCAAAACGAUUUAUUUUUGCAAGUAUCUGGGAUUUAAUUGUUGCCUAGAAACGCUUUGGUUAUCAAAUCAGGACAAAAAUAUCUUAAGACAUCCCUGAAAUAAAAAUUGCUUUCUGGUCUUACUAACAACUGUAGCCCAUAGUAGAAUUCAGUUUUCUGGUGUGAUCUGCUACUUUCACCUUCCUGUGCAGAUGCUUUUUGUUAAAAUACUGAAUAUUCAUUUAAAAUGACCAAAAAAAAAACCCACAGUAGAAUAGUUGCCUAGAAUUUUUCCGUAUAUUUGGAUCUUUUCUGCUUUCGAAAAUACUUCAGUCAUGAGCUGUGGAAAGGAGUUUGUGGAAAUUCUUAAGAAAAUUGGAUAUCCAAAAGCUGAUGAGCUAAAUGGAGAAGAUUUUGACUGGCUGUUCGAGUCUUCGGAAGACAAAUCAUUUCUGGAGUGGUUUUGUGGAAAUGUAAAUGAGCAGCAUGUGUUAUCUGAAAAGGAACUGCAAGAUUUUGAUUGUCUUCUCGAGUCUGGAAAGCCCAUUUUAGAAGGAAAUGCACUGGAUGAAGUCCUUAAAACCUGUAAGCCUGCGGAUUCAGGGAACAGCCAAGAGGAGGAGGAGGAAGAACUUAAGAAAUUAGAGGAUGAGCUUCGAACUCUUCAGAAGAUGAAAAGUCUUACAAUCCAUAGGCAUAAUAAGCUUCAGAUAAUGAUUUCUGAAAACAGCAAUAUGUUACGGGCUCUGAAAAUCAAAGAGGAAGAAGCACAGAAAGAUUUGAAAGAAGGUCUAGAACUGUUCGCUGCAGCGAAUAAUAAACUUAAUAAUGAACUGCUGUCUCUUGUAGAUGGAGUUAAGAAAUUGGCCUCUUUCUUCACUGCUUCAGCUUCGGAACAAGGAUCAGGUUUGUAUCCAGUGUUUUUUUCCCAGCUUUCCUUGGACAAGUAUUUAUCUCGGGAAGAGCAUUGCACUGCAGCACUUGCCUCGUAUGCAAAAAAACAUUUUUAUCAGGGUGUGUUGGAAUUGGAUGAAAAUUUGCAUGAAGACAACAUUCAGCUUGCAGAUAUUGGCAAAUGUGUCACUUGUGAUGAGACUACUGUAGCUUGUGGAAAGAGUCAGGAGAUUGCCAGCCUCCAGACAGCAUACAUUUGUGCUCAUCGUCAGCUAAUUGAACUGCAAUCUGAAGAAGAGAGCUUGAAUUCAGCUAUACAAUGUGCAGAGAGCAUGCUGCAGUCCUUAAAGAGCAAGGGUACUGGAAAACAAGAAAACCUCGAGGCCAAAAUAUCUAGUUUAAAUGAUGAAAUCUCAACAAUUAAGCAACAGAUAGCUCAAAUAAACAAUGAAGAUCUGCCUUCCCUUUUGAAAGAGCAGGCACAGCUGUUCACUGUGCCAGUGGUAAUGGCAGACCUGGAUCGUGAGAUUGCUCAGCAGGACCGUUACGCUUCUAAACAGGAUGAAAUCUGCAGCCAUCUGAUAAGACAGAAAGCAUCAUUUGAACUUAUUCAGCUAGCCUAUGACAUUGAACUGAAGAAACACAAAGACAUCCACUGUCAACUUGAGAAUUUGAUAGAAUCUCUGAAACAGAGCAGUAAUGAGAUGCAACAGAGACUAGAGGCGUUAUCUAAGCAAAUUGAACUUGCAAAGCCAAGAAACACUAUUAGUUCAAAGGAUGAUUUCUCUUGUCGGCUCUACCAGCUUUUGGAAGGAGAAAACCAAAAACAACUGUUUAAAACAUACAGAAACCUGGAACAGAUGGCUCAGAAGUUAAGUCAGGAUUGCGUGACAGCACAAGACCAGCUAGCAGUAUCUUCUCAAGAACAGUCUCUCUUGUUGUCCAAAGUAGACGGUGAUAUAAAUGCUCUUCGUGAUGCUCUGUAUUGUGGAGGAAAUCAGAUACUACUCACUAGUCGGGAACUUACUGAGCAGUUUCAUCAACUGGAAGAUGAUUUAAAUAAACUAAAUCAACUCGUUAUGGAUCUUAUUGCUGAUGUGAAGUCAAAGAGAAACUUUCUAGCGUCCAAUAAGCUGCAUCAGAUGGAAAGAAAUUUGUACGUCUAUUUUUUCAAAGAUGAGAACCACUUGAAAGAGAUAGUGGAGAAGUUUGAGCAGCAGUCAGAGGCUAAAGCCAGUGGUCUGGAUGAUGAGAAUUUCACCACCAGUGAAUUCCUUAAUGUUUAACCUUCAGUGUAUUCUUAAGAUAGGAAAACAUGUUAAUGUAAACUGUCGACAAGUUUAUGGAAUGAUAAGUACUAGCUUAUCUAGGUGAACGUUUAUCUGUCAUUGCAAUGUAUGUUUAGCUGCCACAGUUGCCAUGUUUGGAUUAUAUGCUGCUUUAUGGCUUUGGCAUUUGGUCAUUCGGUUCAGGUUCUUCAAUAUUAAUUAACACAUUAGUUGCUUGAAUGAAUUAUAUACAGACUGCUCUUUUACUGGCCUGCAUGUUGAUUUCCACUGUGUACAGCAUAGCACAAAAGAAAGCUUCAUACCCUUGAGAUAGUUUUCUCGCAUGAUAAGAAACUUUCAAUACAUGAAGAGGGAUUCCAGAUUCUGGAACACGAAUGUAAUGUGCUUCCUUCUGAAGAGGAAAGUUGUCCAAGGCAGAAAUAAUGAUUCUGCUUUACAGUUCCUCUUAAGAUUUUUUUGUAUGGGAAUGUGUCGGAAUAUCGAAAUACCAGAAUCUGUUUGAAGUACCAGGACCAUCUGUUUCUUGACCAGCAUAUCAUUUCUUGUCGUCUUAUUGAAAUUAGUCCAUACUUACAGCAAACUUCUCAACAAGGGAAUUUUUAAUUUACCUUUUGGACUUGGACAUUUUUGGAUUAUCUUUUUGCAGUAUUUACUCUCUGAUUUGUGAUGCAAGGCAUUUAAAUGAUGUUUUCAUACUCCUGCUUAGACUAGUAUUAUGACUGCUUGUCAAACUUUUGUGUAGCUUCCUGAUAGACCAAUGGCAUUACAUUUGAUUUUAUGGUAUAAAAAGUCCCAGACUUUUGUUUUCUGAUUAGAUCAGCUGUACUUGCUUUCAAGUGUUGUACAUAUUGAUAAAGACUGGUAAAUAAGCUUCAACUUAA